AAAUGGUCGACGUUGCAGAUGAUAAGAAAGGAUAUGUGAGUUCUAAACCCAGAACUGGCAUUGGAACCCAUCCGGAAAUGGUUUUGACCUCUCCGGAAACGACAUACGUAAUGAACAUGGCUCAACAGACGGGGGCUGGAGGUGAUAAUCAACUGCAGAUAGAUGAAGCCAAUUCCCAAAGAACGUCUUCACAGAUGAAGAAGCUGUAUCCGGUUCUACAAGUACAAGACCACGGUUCACCAACAGGAGAUAAUGCAUUGAAAUCUUCAUUUCCUAAGUCUGGUAUAGGAGAAAUGAAUUCACUGCCUUUGGAGAACACAUCGCCUCCACCAAUUUACAGUUUUUCUCAAACGCUUGGUGUUGCUAAGUUAAACGAUGAAGAAGAUUAUUUUGGGGACUUGGAUCACCUGUCAAUUUCACCACCUGCAUCAAGGUUUUAUCAAAGGUCCAGCUCAAAUGGCUCAUCAAGUUCAGAAGACGAUUCGAAGAAAGAUAAACCAAACCUCCUGUCCCCACAAUUAACAGAGGAUCCGAAACAAAUCACAUAUGCUUGUGACUUGUGCACUCAGGGUGAUUCCACAGAGAUGAAAGCCUUUGAAGAUGAUUUUUGGCAGCCUACUCUCUCAAAUGAAAGGACGCCUCAACUUACAAAAUCCCUGAUCAAAAUGGGCAAUAACGGCAGUGUCUACAAGGUUGUAGAUGGAAAGGAAACGUAUGCAUUGAAAGAAGCUCUCGAGCAGAAUUCAACUGAAGUCAACAUCAUGCGGGAGCUUAACCACACCAAUGUGGUCAAAAUCAUGGGACAUUGUCGCGAGUUUCACGAGUUCAAAAUGGAGUUCGCUCCAGAUGGUGAUCUGGCAACUUUGGCUUCCAAAAAUGGAGGAUUGUUUGAGGACGAGGUCUUAUUCUACUUUGUUCAGGUUUCCAACGGCCUUGUGUACCUCCAUAGCAAAAGAAUUAUUCACUGCGACCUUAAGGGUGACAACAUACUUUUGAAAGGAGUCUAUCCACAACAGUGUGAGGUAAAACUUGCAGACUUUGGAAAUGCAUGUGUCCUGGAUGAAGGAUAUGAGCACAGUAGGGGGACCAAAGAAUUUAUGGCACCAGAGGUAUCUGAAGGAAAACCCUGUUCAAAGGCUAGCGACGUGUACUCUGUUGGAUGUUGUAUGGUAGAGUCCCUGAGCGGACAAUGGCCAAGGAGAAACAAACAAGGUGAGGUUGAGGUACCUUCAGGCAUCGACAUCAGCGAUGGCUUAGAACAAAUAAUUGACAAAUGUCUGGAAACAGACCAAGUCCUAAGGCCUUCUGCUGACGAUUUGUGGGAUGAAUUAAACAGGCUUUGGUUAAAGCAGAUGAAUGACAAUCAAUUUUAAAUGGAGCAACUACAUCCCUCAACACCUUAAAAAGGAGAGACAGACUUCUGGCAAUAAAAGUGAACAAUAAAAAGGAAAGUUGACUGGUUUUUAAUUCUUAACAAAAACUGGAUGAUAAAUAAUUUAAAAAAAAGAAUAUAAUUAACAUUUAUAGAGAAAACAUUUUAUUUUGUAAACACACAAAAUCUUUCUUUUAAGAAUUGUUUUUCUAUCCAAUAUUUGUAAUUUAUGUGUUAUGUUUGUUUUAAGACCGUCUGUUGUUUUUGUGUUGUCUAUUUAUUGACAGAUCUGAUUAUUACAUCAAGAAAUCAUAACAUAAUAAAAUCAGUCAACUCG